AUGAGAUUUUUCAACUUGUUAGUAGCCGGUUGUCUUCUUGGCUCGGCUCUUUCUCAACCUAUCAAACACAAAUCAAACGAUGAAACCACUAACCACAAUGUCCAAACUUCCCACGGUAAGCCAUUUGCCAUCUAUCAACCAAAAGCAUUUGUGAUCUCCAUGUUCGAAUUAGAAAGAGACCCAUGGUUGCAAUCAAUGGACUUUGUUCAAAACAUAACUGUCCCAGGUUUAUCCCCAAUGUACUCAACCAUUCAUUGUACUACCAACUACACUGUCUGUCAAAUUACCAUUGGUGAAGGUGAAAUCAAUGCCGCUGCUUCAAUGACUGCUUUAACCCUUUCUCCGUUAUUCGAUUUGACCAAAACUUAUUUCUUAGUUGCUGGUAUCGCUGGUGGUGAACCACAAUAUACUACUCUUGGAGGUGUUACUUUUG